UCAUUUCUGAAACUUGACCCCCUGAAGUGGGAUAGGAGGGGAGCGUUUCUUUCUGCUUUCCCUUUCGCCAAGAGAUUGAGGGAUUCGCACAGAGCCCGCGGUUCUGUUCGCGGGUGAGCGUUCGCGACUGCAGUCCCGCGUCUCCACGGGGGCCAGAGGGAGUUCAGAGGAAACCCCGGGAAAAACAGGGGGAACGAGAAAAACCUCAAAAAACAAACAAACCAAAAAAAAAAAAAAAAACCCCGUAAAAGAAGAAGAAGAAUAAGAAGAAGAAGGAGCGUUAGGGAGGGACGGUUUGACCCGCGCGCGAGCGAGCAUCUUUCCCCGGGCGACGGUGUCAUGGCCGAGCAGGAGGGCAGUGAGUGAGAGGGCCGGGGAGAGGCGCGCCUUGGUGCAGGUGAGGGGUUACCUGAGCGAGCGACGGGACUGCGGAGCGCAUCAUGAGGCCGGCGGUGCUGGCGCUGAGCGUGCUCCUGGCGGGCGUAGCGGCGGCGGUGGUGGCGGCGGGCGGGGGUGGCGGUGGCGGCGGCGGGGGGCAGAGGAGGGGCGGGGAGGGGAGGAAGAGGCUCCACCGCGUCCAGCACGGCCACUGCAGCUACACCUUCAUCCUGCCCGAGCUGGAGGCCUGCAGGGGUCCCGAUCGCUACGGCAACAUCAACGCCGCCCAGCGGGACGCGCCGCCGGUGGAGAGCGGCGACGGCUCCGCCCACAAGCUGCAGCUCCUGGAGACGGCCAUGGAGAACAACACGCAGUGGCUGCAGAAGCUGGAAAACUACAUCCAGGAGAACAUAAAGACCGAAAUGGUGCAGAUCCAGGCGCAUGCCGUGCACAACCAGACGGCCACCAUGCUGGAGAUAGGAACCAGCCUGCUGACACAGACUGCCGAACAGACGCGGAAGCUUAACGUGGUGGAGACCCAGGUUAUGAACCAGACCUCGAGAAUCGAGAUCCAACUUUUGGAGAACUCGUUAUCGACAAACAAAUUGGAGAAGGAGCUCCUGAUGCAGGUCACUGAAAUUUCCAAACUACAAGACAAAAACAGUCGCCUGGAGAAGAAGGUUCUGGUCUUGGAGUCUCGGCAGCAGACGGAGCUGGAGGACCUGCGGGAGGAGAAGGAGAGGCUGCAGGAGCUGGUGGUACUGCAGUCCGCCUCCAUCGAUUCCCUCCAGAAACAGCUGCACACAGCGAGCGCCAACAACUCCAUCCUUCAGCGCCAGCAACAGCAGCUCGCAGAGUCCGUGCACACACUCCUCAACCUGCUGUCUGUGAGCUCAGUGCCGUUGCCGAGGGAACAGAAGUUUCGGGACUGUGCGGAUGCUUUUAAAGCAGGAAAUAACAUCAGUGGCGUGUACUACCUACACAUCGGCAACAUGACAGAGCCCACAAAGGUAUUUUGUGACAUGGAAACGAGCGGAGGUGGAUGGACUGUGUUUCAGCGCAGAGUCAACGGAAGUGUGGAUUUCCAGAGGACUUGGGGAGAGUACAAACAGGGGUUCGGAGAUGUGGCGGGAGAGCACUGGCUGGGCAAUGAGGUGGUGUUCCACAUGACCAGCCAAUCCCAGUACAGCCUGAGGGUGGAGCUAAGGGACUGGGAGGGAAACGCCCCUUACUCCCAGUAUGACAAAUUUCAGCUGGGCAGCGAGAAGCAGCACUACAGGCUGUUCCUGAGGGGCUACAGUGGUACUGCAGGGCACCAGAGCAGCCUGACCUCCCAAGGCACUGGCUUCAGCACCCGGGACUCAGACAAUGACAACUGCCUGUGCAAGUGCGCCCUCAUGCUGACUGGAGGCUGGUGGUUCGACGCGUGCGGCCUUUCCAAUCUCAACGGCAUGUACUACACGGUGGGCCACAACAUCCGGAAGCUGAACGGCAUCAAGUGGCACCACUUCCGGGGUCCGAGUUACUCCCUGCGCUCCACCGCCAUGAUGAUCCGGCCGUCCGACUUCUGACCCCGCCCCGCCCCGAAGGACGGUCUCACACGUGAAAUAUAGAGAUCCACACUCUAAAGAAACAAGCAAACACCUGGGGGGCCAAGCCCACACCUGUAAUACUCUGAGAUACUCUGCCUGUGGGACAAACUCACACCUGUAAUACUGUGAGAGCCACGCCCUGAGGGACAAACUCACACCUGUAAUACUGUGAGAGCCACGCCCUGAGGGACAAACUCACACCUGUAAUACUGUGAGAGCCACGCCCUGAGGGACAAACUCACACCUGUAAUGUUCUGAGCAGCACGGCCUGAACGCGUGUUUGAUUCAGUCGUUCAGUCAGUGUACAGGUGGAUCUGACUCAACGAAACAGAUGGAAGUCUCUCUUGCUGAGGCAGCACCAGCAAAGUCUGUGCCUUGGUUGUUUUUCAUUUUCCGUUCUCUGUGAUGCAUUCUGGGCCUUCUGGUACACACGCCUAUGUCUACAGCGCCGAAGAGAACAGAGGCAUAACAUUUUACUCUGCCGGCCUUCACAACUUCAACGGCUGUCAGUUGUGACAUCAGUGAGCCCAAAGGACUACCGUCUGUAUGACCAAUGGGGAGACCGCUUCACGCUUUCAAUGUAAUUUGUACAGAACUUUAUUAUUUCUGUAAUAAUUUUGUAACCUUUUUUUAUUACUAGUAAUGAAGGUAUUUUUUUAAUUUUUUCCCAAAGUAAACUCUUGUAAUGUUCAGCAGCCUUUUUUAACUUGCACCCACAGGUUUAAUGCAUGUGUGUGUUUUACUAACAGUGCUUGGUGCUACUUUCAUUUUGGAAUAUUUAUGUCGCUGUGUUAUCCUGUUAUUGUUAUUCCUGUUAUGUCUCAGACCCCCUUUAAACCUGACAUUAAUAUGCGUCUGAUAUCCAGAUUGUAUCUAGAUAUGAUUUAGCCAGAAGACAUUUACACCUGACAUUAAUAUGCGUCUGAUAUCCAGAUUGUAUCUAGAUAUGAUUUAGCCAGAAGACAUUCACACCUGACAUUAAUAUGCGUCUGAUAUCCAGAUUGUAUCUAGAUAUGAUUUAGCCAGAAUACAUUUACACCUGACAUUAAUAUGUGUCUGAUAUCCAGAUUGUAUCUAGAUAUGAUUUAGCCAGAAGACAUUUACACCUGACAUUAAUAUGCAUCUGAUAUCCAGAUUGUAUUGAGAUAUGAUUUAGCCAGAACACAUUUACACCUGACAUUAAUAUGAGUCCACUGUCAGGUGGGCGAGAGCCUGGACAGGCUGCUAAUCUAUCACAGGGCUCACACACUCAUACUUAUGGGUAAUUUAGAGUCACCAAUUAGCCUACCUGCAUAUCUUUGGACUGUGGGAGGAAACCAAAGUACCCAGAGGCAACCCACAUGGACACGAGGAGAACAAGCAAACCCCACACAGACAGACCCCAAGGCGAAACUCGAACCCACAACCUUCUUGCUCUGAGGUAACGGCGCUACCCCGCUGCACCACUGUGCCGCCCUCCAUGAAGUUGUGCAAACGAAUAUUUCCCAGCUGCAUGUGGGUUGCAAACGCAUUUGGAUUUACACUCAUGUUCAGUGUGGCCACAGUGUGUCCCUGGCCACCUCCGGAUCACACUGCAUCUUGGGCACAUUUACACCUCUAUUUUUAUGUGGUCAGGCACACAGUCCACUCACCUGAGACACGUGUUCAUGCCAGGUGUAAAGGGGGCCUUAUAGUUCUUACACCACCUUACUUAAACUAUAACCUGCAAUGCCUUAUGAGUGCCUUAUGAGAUUCAGCAUAUUGUAAAAUUCAUCAGAUAUAAAUCAAAAGAUAAAUAAAAAAGAUAAGUCAAUAAACAUCUAAGACCUAUAAAGGAACUUUACUAUGAAGCAGUUUUCUUAUUUUUGUAAUUUUUUAUUUCUGUGGCACAUUUCAGUCCCGAGAAUCUCUAGUGUAGUCUGAUUUUUACAGUAAUCAUGUAGCCUAGUGUUUGGUUGUAUAUUUAGACUGUGUUUAGGGCACAGUGCAUUCUAUAUUAUGUUGUUGUUGUCACUGUUGAGUUUUUAUAUUUUUGUUUUUAAGCCUGGUGUGACUUAACUCUUGAUUUUUGUUAAAUUGCAUUAUAACUGGAUCGUGUUUUCUGUGUGCUCGUGUUGUCUCAUUUUCAAAUUGUACCUUUAAUUGUUGAACUGUUUCAGUGAACAGGCAUUUAUAUCCCAUGUUAAUAGUUAUGCAGUCAUGGAUUGUGAUAAAUUUAUGAGAAUGUUCUGUUUGUUAGAGGAAGUCCAUAGUCUUACUAUGGGGGCUGCUGAGGUUGGGUUGCUUUUUGAAAAGAUGCACUUUAUGAGAUUGAAAGAUGAGAAAUGAACAGCACAUAAAUGGAUUAUGGCUCAAGAGGUAUUGAUGGUAAACAAAAGAACAGAAUAGUUUUGCCUCAUCUUUCCUCCCUUUGUAGUGCUUUUAUAUUCCGUCCUAAAAUAAAUGAAUACCGCCCUA